UGUAUAUAGCCCACCUGCUCCUACUUUUCUGGAGACACGUAUGUCAUCAUCAUCCUCCGUCAUCAACCUUAAUCCUCCUCCCCAACACAACCUUAAUUCUUUCUCCAAUCCACGGCCCUUCGCUAUAGAUUGCCCCUAGACAUUCGUCAUUUUCCUUCACCUGUAAACAGCUCUCCAGAGCCCGCCAUUGGAGCUCUGCCACAAGAGACUCCACCGUUGCCGAUAUAUUCGUGGCUUUGGAAAUAGUUGUGAAAAGAUGAUCUGAAAGUAGGAAGAGAAGAGAAGAGACAAAAAUAGAUCAGUGCAGCUUAUGGGUAGGAGUCCAUGUUGUGCAAAGCAUGGUGUGAAUAGAGGAGCUUGGUCCAAUGACGAAGACCAAAUCCUCACGGACUAUGUCACCCACCAUGGAGAAGGCAAAUGGAGGAAAGUUGCCCAGAACGCAGAAGGUCUAAACAGAUGCCACAAGAGUUGUAGGGUCAGAUGGCUAAACUACUUGAAACCAGGCAUUAAGAGAGGUGCCAUCUCCCCUGAUGAGGAAGACCUCAUUAUCAGGCUUCAUCGUCUUCUGGGUAAUAGGUGGGCCUUGAUAGCUGCAAGGCUUCCGGGACGAACUGACAACAAAAUAAAGAACUAUUGGAACUCUAGUUUGGUCAAAAAGCUUCAGGCUGCAAGGCCAGACAACAAUCAUCUUCUCAACUAUGAAGAGAAGAUUGGGACAUUUGGGAGUAAUCAACAAGUCUCGAAUCCUCAGGUGAAUUCACACCACAAGGUCCUUGGUUUCACUGAGUUCUCUGCCUCAAAUGAACAAGACAAGGACUUGGUGAACAUGAUCGACAGCUGCGCAAAGACUAGUGAUACCAACAACCUAAUUCCUUUUCAAGCAGAGGAUAGAGAAGACAAUGAUACGAACUUCUUGAAUGCUGGUGAUGAAGAUUUUGUUUUCGGCAUUUCAGAAUCGAAUUUGCCAUCGCAUCAUGAGAAGAUGGAGAUGGGAGAGCAGAAAGAUUUAAUUGGUGUGAGCUAUGGGAGCAUUCCUUGUUUAGAGGUUUGUGCUUCUCCAUGUUCAAGAGAUGAAGACAAGGUCGAAACUCAGACGACGAAUAACCAUGAUUCUUGUGAUCAACCCACUUUAGACAUGGAGUUGAAGAAGUUGGCUCUUUUUCUAGAGUUGGAAGAUGAGUUUUUAUAAAGCUGAUUUCAAGCAUUAAUUGGU